AUGUUCAAUUCCAAUGCAAGUACCUCUGCUCCAGCCGGAAACGGUAUAGGAGGCAGCUCCUUGUUUGGGCAGAAUAAGCCGACGGGUGGUGGGUUGUUUGGCCAAUCCAACGCACAGGGCCAGAGCGGCAACCUGUUUGGGCAGGCGCAGCCAUUGAAUCAAACAACAGGCAGCCUUUUUGGUCAAAAUAACCAACAGGGAUCGACGGGAGGGCUGUUUGGGAACCAAAAUAGCCAACAAGGACAAGCCGGAGGGCUGUUUGGAGGGCAAAAUGCACAACAGGGCCAAAGCGGCGGUGGUUUGUUUGGAAAUCAAAACGCUCAGCAGGGACAGAGUAGCGGCGGGCUGUUUGGUAGCCAGAACGCGCAACCAAGCAACAACGCCUUCGGGCAGAGCUCGCAAAGCACCAACACUUUUGGCCAGGCUAACGCCAACAUAGGAGCCAAACCACCCGGUUCGAGUGGUCUCUUCGGCCAGAAUGCACAGACGACAAAUAGCGGUGGGAUGUUUGGACAGAACAACAAUUCCACCGCGGGAGCCGCUGGCGGUGGACUCUUUGGUCAGAACACCAACGCAGGGUCCUCCGGUGGUGGCCUUUUUGGGCAGAAUACCAAUGCAUCCACGGGGUCCUCAGGGGGCGGACUUUUUGGUGCAAAACCUGCAAUUAGUUCUUCCACAAACAACGCGCCAUCGGGCGGCCUUUUUGGUAAUUCUUCGAACACAACUAACACUAGCGGUGGUCUUUUCGGCAACAAGGCGGGCGGAACGGGGCUUUUUGCUAACAGCGCCACCAAUGCGGCACCUGCAUCUUCGGGAGGGCUUUUUGGCGCCAAGCCAACGGGCUCGUCAUUGUUCGGUAAUAACGCCAACAACACCUUGCAGCCUCAAAUGCAAAUGCAACCCGCUCUGCAAACCCUCUCCCAACUUCCCAUCAACCCAAUGACUCGAGUCGCGGAUCUGCCGCCCCAAAUUCGUCAAGAAAUCGAGCAGCUUGACCAAUACGUUCAGCGACAAGUGGCAAUUUCUCACCACCUAAAAGCAGAUUGUGAGGACCAUACAGAACUAGUCCAGUCCAUCCCGCGCGAUAUCAAGUAUUUGCAAACGGUACAGUCUGUCACGCAACAAUCAUUGGCACAAGACCUGCGUAAAAUAACUGGCAUCAAAGAAAUAACGGAUCAAAACAUGCUAGACUCUCAAAUGUUUUCCACCAUUCUGCAUCAGCUUCUCUCUCCAGGAUCUAAAAUAUCGUCGUUGGAGCUAGACAAGUUCUUUCAAGAUAAAAUACAGCUCUACAGAGCCAAGUUGGAUGACUACUUCAACGUUCUCUCCGACAUUGAAAGUGCCGUACGUGGAAUUGAGCGUGAUAUGUUCGGGGCCACCAAUUCGGAUAACAGUGUUUCUAACUACGCCGGUGACAACAUGGGCUGGAAAACUGGCAUCAAUGCCAUAGUCUCGACGGUGCUUGAAGAAUUCGAGCUUUUCAUGGAUAUGGCCGAGCGUGUUGCAGAACUCCAUCAGCGCGUUAAAGAGAUUAACGGAGGGCAGAAAAGCAGCCUGGUGAAGACCUAA